UCACUCUCCUUCUAAUUCCUCUCCUUUCCCUCAUCUUCCCUUUUCAAAUUUAACCAAAAUAAAUAAAUAAAUAAUAUUAAUAAUAUUAAUAAUCAUAAAUUAUAAACCAAACCAUGCAUGUCGUGACAUCCACGCCGGAAUCCCGACACGACGGCGCUCCAUUAGUGUUCGACGCCUCGGUUCUCCGACACCAACACAACAUUCCGAAGCAGUUCAUAUGGCCCGACGAGGAGAAGCCGGCUACCACCUGCCCGGAGCUGGAAGUCCCAUUGAUCGACUUGUCGGGAUUUCUCUCCGGCGAGAAAGAUGCGGCGGCGGAGGCUGUUCGACUUGUCGGCGAGGCUUGUGAGAAACAUGGGUUUUUUCUGGUGGUGAACCAUGGCGUGGACAGGAAAUUGAUCGGUGAGGCUCAUAAGUAUAUGGAUGAGUUCUUUGAAUUGCCGCUUUGCCAAAAACAGAGCGCUCAGAGGAAGGCCGGUGAGCACUGUGGGUAUGCCAGCAGCUUCACCGGUCGUUUCUCUUCCAAAUUGCCUUGGAAAGAGACCCUUUCAUUUCGAUUCUCCGCCGAUGAAUCCUUCAAUAAUCUUGUUCUUCAUUACCUUCAUGACAAGCUCGGUGACCAAUUCGCCAAAUUUGGUAGGGUUUACCAAGAGUAUUGUGAAGCAAUGAGUGGGCUGUCCUUGGGCAUAAUGGAGCUAUUGGGGAAGAGCCUUGGAGUAGAAGAACAAUACUUCAAAAACUUCUUCAAAGACAAUGAUUCCAUAAUGAGAUUGAACUUCUACCCGCCAUGCCAAAAGCCCCAUCUCACCUUAGGCACUGGCCCUCACUGCGACCCAACCUCCUUGACCAUCCUCCACCAAGACCAAGUCGGUGGCUUACAAGUGUUCGUCGACAACCAAUGGAGACUCAUCACCCCCAACUUCGACGCUUUCGUCGUCAACAUCGGCGACACAUUCAUGGCGCUAUCGAAUGGGAGAUACAAGAGCUGCUUGCAUAGAGCGGUGGUGAAUAGCGAAAGAACAAGGAAAUCUUUGGCGUUCUUUUUGUGUCCAAGAAAUGAUAAAGUGGUGAGGCCACCAAGGGAGUUGGUGGACACUCAGAACCCACGAAGAUAUCCAGAUUUUACGUGGUCGAUGCUCCUCCGGUUCACUCAGACCCAUUACCGAGCCGAUAUGAAAACCCUCGAAGCUUUCUCGGCUUGGCUUCAACAACAACAACAAGAACAACAACAAGAACAACAAGAACAGCAAUUUAAUAUUUAAUUUUAACAACACUUUUCCUCGCCUGAGGAAAAUCGUUUCUAUUUUCUUUCUUUUUCUUUCAAUCGAAAGACAAAGGAAAAGUUG